CGCACGGUGUCGGUGUUGGAGAGGGAGGAAGUGAAUAAUUUAAAUGUCUCGGAUAGCGAAAAGAGACGGAAGGACACGAUCGGCUCGUUUUUAUGGUGUUAAUUUGAUCAGUGUUUUAUAAAGUAGAGAGAGGUGGUAUUAAUUAACAACCGUGUUUGUAAUGUUACGGUGCUUUUAUCAGAGACAGUCUCAGGUUUGUGUGAAUAAAGAAGAUUAACGGUUUGCAUUUUUCUGGGAAAUAGCUUGUAAAAAUCCCUGUCCGAGUCGAGCGGAUGGCAAGAUGGCAACAACACCACCAAAAGGACUGACCACUGAAGAAACAGACACAACAAACAGCGCUGCGUUAUCGACAAUGGCAGCAUCUUUAGCUUUAAACAGCCGGGUUUACUCUCUGGACGACUUCGAUACAGUGGCCACUGUGGGCACAGGGACAUUUGGCAGGGUUUUUCUGGUCAAGGACAAGAAGACGAGGGGUUUCUUUGCCCUGAAAGCCAUGAAGAUCCCAGACGUCAUCCGAUUAAAACAGGAGCAGCACGUUCAUAACGAGAAGGAGGUUCUGACGGAGGUGAACCAUCCCUUCCUCAUCAGGCUGUUUUGGACGCACCAUGACGAGCGCUUCCUGUACAUGCUGAUGGACUACGUGCCAGGCGGCGAGCUGUUCAGCUACCUGCGCAACCGCGGCCGCUUCAGCAACAGCACCGGACUGUUCUACUCGGCAGAGAUCGUGUGUGCCAUCGAGUACCUGCACUCCAAAGAAAUCGUCUACAGGGACCUGAAGCCUGAGAACAUCCUGCUGGACAGAGAAGGUCACAUCCGUCUCACCGACUUCGGCUUCGCGAAGAAACUUUCAGAUCGGACUUGGACUCUAUGUGGCACUCCUGAGUAUUUAGCUCCAGAGGUGAUCCAGAGUAAAGGUCACGGCCGGGCGGUGGACUGGUGGGCUCUGGGGGUUCUCAUUUUCGAAAUGCUGGCUGGGUACCCGCCGUUUUUUGAUGACAAUCCCUUUGGCAUUUAUCAGAAGAUCCUGGCGGGAAAGCUGGAGUUUCCACGGCAUCUGGAUUUCUAUGUAAAGGAUCUCAUCAAGAAGUUUCUGGUGAUUGACCGAGCAAGAAGACUUGGGAACAUGAAGAAUGGAGCAGAAGAUGUGAAAAAGCACAGGUGGUUCAAGACUAUAGACUGGGAUGCAGUGCCCUGUCGGAAACUAAAGCCCCCCAUAGUUCCUAAAGUAUCUCAUGAAGGCGAUACGUCCAACUUUGAAGCCUACCCUGAGGAUGAGUGGAAAAAGGAGACUCCAGUGUCGCCAAAGGAUCUAGAGAUUUUCAAGAACUUUUGAAAACGGACAAAGAGGGAAUAAAGUUUUCCUCCACUGGUGCAAUGCGUCCAUUCCGCUACUGUUGGCCAGCCUCAGCCUGCUCUUCCAUCGCAUCUUGAUUGACAACACUGAGAACAUUUGGAGAACAAAUUGGCCAUCAUGUUGACCAUCAACAUCAUCCUCAAGAUCAAGUGUGGAGAGGAAGAAGCACUAUUUAUUCGUUUCUCUGAGCCUACUUUUCUUAUGCAAAAAAAAAAAAUGCAGCAAGAUCAAAAAAGCCGAGAACACGCUAGAAGCCAGUAGCACGAUACGGUUUACAUCAAUAUAAGCUAUCGGAAACCAAUUUCGGCUGUGUUUGUUGUGUGGCAGUGAUGUGUGAAAUAGAAAGCCAGAGAACCCAAAGUGUUCCAGUUUUUACAUUUUCGAUCUAGAUGUCGGACAGUUUCUUAUUCGUCCAGGUUUGUUCUUAUUUAAAGGUUUUUAUCGUAAACUACAAGUAAUGAAACAAACGUGAUGUGAUGUCUUAAAGUAGGGCUGCAUCGUUAGCCCCCCCCCCUUCUAUUUUCUAUGGUUUAAAUGGUGUCCAAGAAAAUGCACAAGUGCAUGUUUAUGCUGUUUGGCUACUAGGUUCAUUCAUUAAAAGUGAGUUCAUUUUAAAAGAAGUGCAUCCUUCAUGUGCAGCCACGUGACAAAAUAGUGUGACGUAUGCAUCCGCCGCCAUGUUGGAUGAUCGACAAAGCCAAAAUGCAGUCUCGUGCGAAGAAUAACUGUGAAUCAUAGCCGACGUUUUCAAAAUCUUAUGAUUCCCUGGAGUCCUCUGUCAAGUCAAGAUUCAGAGGAAAAGUUGAAAUUUGUAGCUUUGACUUGUAUGUUAAAGCCGUCCGAGUAUACCGAGGAUUUAGCCUCAUUACCACUGAUUUGAAUACCCUGAUAUCAGCGUGAACAAUCUCGUUUGACCAAAAAAAGCGCACGAGUAAACCGAAGUUACUGGGUUACAGGAACAGCACCGCUAAUAUCUCACCUGGCAAAGUUCACCCACGUUGUUCUCCUUGUGUAUCCAAACUCGCUCAGGUUUGCACUGCUUCUAUAAUCUGGCUUUCUUGGCGGAUCUUUCAUUUCUCCUGUUGAUAUCGCGAGAUGAGUUUUUCAGCUUGAUCUUAUCAUGUCCUAAUUUGAGGGUUGGUUGGUGCCCAACAGUGUUGGGCAAGUUACUUCAAAACUGUUUUGCAUUAUUUAUUACUUGUUACUGUCAUUUUAAAGUAAUUAGUUACAUUACAAUGUUACUUACUUACGCCUACCGCCCAAUUUUGGGCAUAGGCCACGAACAAGUGCUCUCCAGUCAUCACGAUCCUGGGCGAUCUUUUCCAGUUGUCCCCAUGUAUAGCCAGACCUCUUCACAUCUGCAUCUAGUUCACGGCGCCAGCUGUUUCUUGGCCUGCCCCUCUUCCUUCUCCCUUGUGGGUUCCAGAAGAGGGCCUGUCUUGCGGUGUUUGAUGCAGGUUUGCGAAGGGUAUGGCCAACCCACUUCCAUCUUCUUUGGAGGAUCUCUUCUUCUACAGGCUGUUGUCCUGUUUGGUGCCACAGCUCCAGGUUAUUGAUGGUAUUUGGCCAGUAUACUACAUUACAAUAUUACUGUAUUUAAAAUGUAAGGCAUUACACUACUAUUGCAUUACUUUUAAGUUACUCUCACCAAAAUAACUGGAAGUGUGGAUUUGUCAAUCUAAAUGUAGCUCGAGACGCUCAAUUAGCUCAUCACACAUCCAGUGGAAGGUGAUGUGGUAUCUGACUGAGCUAGGCUUACGGUUAAAAACAUUAGAAUAUAAUAGCCACAGUGAUGGCUCAGGGCACAAUACAAGGAACAAUCAUCGCAAGAACAGACAAAAGGUGAAAGUCUGGCAAACUGUGAUAGAAAUAUUGUAACUUAAGGCCUAUUCAUAUUAACAUUAAUUGAACUGUAUUGUAAUGUCUAAAGAUAUGACAGGAUACAAAAUUAGCAUUUCUAUGCCUUUAUUGUUUUCAAGUUUACAGCAUUAAGCAUAGUUUAUGCUUCAUAAAAAAAAAAAAAAAGAUUAGCCCUAAGGGAUAUGACUCCAUUUCAGAAAUUUAACAAAAAUGAACAUAUUAUGGCAAAUCGUAGCCUACGAUAAAACUGGCCUGAAAAAAAAAAAAACCCACAAGCCUUUUAAAUCACAGCUAGACAAUGACUAUUAGCUAUAUGAGGCUACCCGGUCACAUUUCGAAAAACAGAAUUAGAAAUAACAAAAUCAAAGUGCUUUUAAUGAUAUUGAAGUGCUUAGGCAUAUUAGCCCUCGAAGGAAAGGCAGCUCAAUCACUUUAGUCUGACUUCCGACCAGAAAAAAAAAACCUCAGUUAUACAGGACAAAAAUGUAAACAAACUGUCAGCAUAUCUUCAACAACAUACUCCGCCACAAGUCUCCUAACCUCCUGAGGCUGAAGGAGCAUCUCAGAGCGGCAGAACAUUAAUUUUGGCUGCUUUGUGAUUUUAUCGCCACUCAUAUCACCUUCGCUUGCUUCCUUGCUAACUUCUUGUUACUAUUGCACCUCUGGAAAUGCUUAGUUAAAUUACUGGUGCUAUUUCGGGAAGUGGACAGUUCUUUAGGUUUAGCACACAAAGUGCAUUUGACUACGAUGUUCUUCACAUCCUUAUUUUUCACAAACUUAAAGUAAUGGGCGUGUGCCCAUCUGGAGAAUGUGCUAUCCGACGUUAGAUCAGCUGCAGGUUCACUCAUCUCUCUCUUCUGUCUGACUAGCCUGAAGGAAAAGGAAGUGAAACAUUUUGCGCGGACGUUUCACCUCUGCUGAUCUUGCGGUGAUUUUGGCGAAUUUGUAUGAAGAAAAAAACCCCAACACUUCAUUCCAGGUUAAAAAUGCAUUGUAACGUGCGUUACUGACAUUUUGUACCGAGUAAAAUAUUACCAAAUUUUUUUCUGUAAUGCCUUAUAUUACUGCAAAAAGCAAUGCAUUAUAGUAAUUCGUUACUUUUGUAACGCGUUACUUCCAACACUGGUGCCCAAUCUGGGUUUGCUUUAUCGCGUAGGUUUGCCAGUGCUCCUGCAAGCUGAGAAGCAGAGAAAGUGUUCACGCUAAAGCCCAAAAGUUCAGUUUAAUCAGCGGAAAAUAUAGCUUUAAUUAGCAAUGAACUCUCUUACCAGAUAUAAAGUGGUCACCACACAUCACGUACGCGCAGGUCCGAUUAGCUUUUUCCUCAGUUAAGUUGUUACGAUUUAUGUUUUUGAACCACUGCCAGAGCACGGCGUUCUCUGGACAGUUCAUCUGUUUUGUCGCGGUUUUUAAUUAUUGUGGGAAUUCCAGGGAUGUGAUUUUUUCCGCAAAUUCGCGGAAUUCCGCUUUUUCACCUCAAAAUUUGAAAAAAAAAAUUUUUCCGAUUUUUCGCUCAAAAAUCCGUAUUCAUAUCCUAUUCGUUCCGACUUUCAGUAUUUCCGUCAUUGAGAUGAAACGAGGUACGUGAUUGGCCCAUCGCUCUGUAACAACCAAUGAACGCGCUUGUUAGAUAGCUGUACGUAAGCUCGCUUCAAACAAAGAGUUGAAAGAUGGCAGCCUCCGUGAUCGAGCGUAAAGAUGCAAAUCGAGUUAAAGAAAUCGACAGAAUAGUGAAAAACAAGUUCCGCUGGGAAUGGUUGGAGAAAGAGGUUGCUACAGACGUUGGACAUAAGACUGUGAGACAUUUGUUCAGCGAUUUCGUUCUUUGGGGAGAGGGCAGAGGUCUCUGGCUGUCAAGUUUGGGGAUGCUGGGACCUCCCCUGCCCGAGCUACGAGCGUCCAAAGUCGGGCUGGAGCCCGGGAUAGAAACGAAACCUAAGCGGAGCGCCGCGGCUCGCCUCGGGGCGAAUUACGUCCCGAGGCGCGGGGCUAGUGCGCCCUGCCCGCGCUGGUUCUUUGGGGUGUGUGAGUGAGUGUGUGUGUGUCAGAAUUGCAUGUUGACCAUUAAAUUGGCUUGAAUUUGUUAAUCAUGACAAGUUUUUUCUUGUGUGUUUGCUUGCCAUUUUAGUACAAUUUUUAAGUCAGAAAAC